GGGGCUCAUGAGGGAUCUUUGGGGUCCCCCAGACCCCUGCUGACCGGCGCCGCCUUUCCCCCACAGGCCAUGAGCGCCCCCCCCGGCGCCGCCCGAGGAGCCCCCGCUGUCCCCGCCGGUCCUCGGGGUGUCAGGGAUCUCGGCUCCGAGGCAGCCCGGCCUGCUGCAGGCGUUCGGGGGGGCCGCCGAGAGCAGCGAGGAGGUGCGGAGAGCGCGGGAGGAAUGGGAGGCGCUGGAGGAGAUCCAGCCAGGGCUGCCGGGGAAGUCCGGGCUCGUGCCCCUCAUCUCCUUCAACGAGGCGCUGCAGCACUUCCAGACCGCCGACCUGUCCGCCUGCAGGAAGAAGAUCCAGGCGACAGCGCGCAGGCAGGGCCUGGCCGCUCUGCUUCGCUUCCUCUUCGGCCCCCCGCGGCUCCAGCAGCAGCUGCAGGGCGAGCGGGACCUGGCUCUCGCCAUGGCUCACUGUGGCCUGGAUGACAGCGAGGCGGUGCACAUGAGGAUCCUGCAGACCAUCUACAAGAAGCUGACCUGCUCCCGCCUGGGUUGCCCGCGCUACGGCGCGCACUGGGAGGAGCUCGGCUUCCAAGGUACGGCGCCGGG